GCUUAUCGCAAUUUUCCCAAGACUGUGCAUGACAGGAGGAUGAUACGUGUCAUUUCAAGACGGCUUGGGAAUUCCACAAUCAAUCCCCACUCGCAAAGCAACAAAAUUUACAUCAAAGGCAGCAAAUGCUUUGACAUGGUCAGCCGUGAAGUUGAGGCAAUCAAGUCGCACAUCCAAAGCCUCGUGAAUAAUCGGCAUAACAGUGUUUUAGAUCAUGCGGGUAAGUAUACGUUGGAAGGGAGCAGCAAACUGAUGCGCCCUGCGCUGAUUGUCCUAAUGGCGCAUGCCAUGGUGAAGCGUGAGGUCAGCAUGAGAUUCUCCGAGAGUGAGAUUGGGUCUCUAAAUGAUAUCACCCCGGGCACGAUUCUACCAUUCUUGCGGCUGGCGGAGGUGACGGAGCUCAUCCACACGGCCUCACUUGUGCAUGAUGAUGUCAUUGACAACAGCGAUAUGCGUCGUGGGCGUCCUGCCCUGCAUACGGUAUACGGUAUCAAACACGCUAUACUCGCCGGAGACUAUUUGCUUGCCCGGGCAUCCCUCUACAUCGCCACUCUGCAGAUGCCGCGUAUCGUCGUGCUCAUGUCCACAGCCCUAGAGGAGCUCACAACAGGUGAACUCAUGCAGAUGGAUGGAUGCUUUAACAUCGAACACUACGAACAGAAGUCUUUCUGUAAAACAGCCUCUCUGAUCUCGAAUUCGCUUGCAAGUACCGCCGUCCUCGCAGACCCGGGUAAUGAAGAGCUGGAGCUGCUCGCUUUCAAGUUCGGAAAGCAUCUUGGGAUCGCUUUUCAGAUCGUUGACGACUGCCUUGACAUCAUGGGCGACGAGAAGGAGCUCCUUAAACCUAAAAUGGCGGAUCUAAACCAAGGAAUCGCAACGAUGCCAGUGUUAUUGGCUGCACAAAAAGAUUCGAAGGUUGAUGCUGCGGUGCGGCGCCGCUUUACAGCUGAAGGUGACAUUGACUACUGCAUUCAAGUCAUCAAAAAGAUGGGGACGGUAGAUGAGGCUCUUCAGAAAGCGAAUGACCAUUGCCAAUUGGGGCUUGCACAGCUGAGGAAGCUCCACGCUUCUCCGGCACGAGAUUCGUUGGAAGCUUCUCUCAAACUUGUACUUGAGAGACGUUUUUAGAAUAUAUUUUCUUAGAGCAAAGUAUAUUUGUAUAAAAUAUUUGAAGAUAAGCAUUAUCGAAAUAGACGUGAACGUUGAUUAAAUUGGAAGAAAUUGAUUGUUAAACGAACCGAAAAAGAUCUUUAAAGUUUAUAUAUUUAUAAUACGUGAGUAUAGAUAUAAAUAUAAAUAAAUAUUUAUUCGCUUUCUGGUGUUGUGUGUGUAGUUCUUUUUGUAUUUACUUUCUCAACAACAGGUAGGGAACAAAUGGAGUUGGCCGCCCUUUGUUUAUGGAUUAAACUUCGCACCAGCAUAAUUAUUUGUUCGUGUAUAUCUUUUAACGCAGCAGUUACUUUUAAUUUUAUAUUUGCAUUAAUGCUCAAAGAGUAGGAAAACACCUGCAUCAAAAUUUCAGCUUUUAAUAAGUAAAAUUAAAGGAUAAAUAGCUGCAAGACAAGAAAA